AUGUCUGUCCGCGCAGACGGCGUGGUAGAUGAGAAGAGGGCCAAUGGGCCCACUGAAAGCCCACCCGCGUCAGACGCUGAGAUUGCGGGCAAGUACAUCGAUGAGAAAUCGCUGCUUCGAAAGCUUGACGCACGUCUACUUCCCGCCGUUGGUAUCUUAUAUCUGCUGUCGUUCUUGGACCGCAGCAAUGUCGGAAACGCCCGCAUAGAGGGAAUGCUGACCGAUCUUCACAUGACUCCCGACCAGUAUUUGAACGGCUUGACUCUGUAUUUUGUGGGAUACGUAAUAUUCGAGAUUCCUUGCAACGUUGUUCUGAAAAAGACAUCGCCAAGAAUAUGGCUUCCCACUUUAACGAUCGCAUGGGGCGUGGUUGCAACGCUACUCGGCAUUGUCCAGAGCUAUCCGGGAUUCUUGGUUGCAAGAUUCUUCCUCGGUGUGACAGAAUCCGGUCUCUUCCCCGGUGUUGUAUACUAUUUCUCCAUGUGGUAUAAGCGACGCGAGCGUCAGUACCGAGUGUCGUUAUUCUUCAGUGCAGCUUCGCUUGCCGGUGCAUUCGGUGGUGCUCUAGCCUAUGGCAUUGGGAGAAUGGGCGGGAUUGUAUGGGCUAAUGGUUGGCGCUGGAUUUUCAUUCUUGAAGGUAUACUUACGGUCCUAGUGGCCUUCAGUGCUUACUGGUUCAUCCACAAUUAUCCCAAAACCUCGAAGUUCCUAAACGAGGACGAGCGCCAAUUCAUCCAAGAGAGACUAGCUGCGGACUCAGACGCCACACACGAGGAGCAUUUUACCUGGGGGGCUGUAUUUGAGGCGUUCAAGGAUCCCAGCUGCUGGCUGUAUGGUCUUGGUUUCCACACAAUGAGUCUGCCGCUCUACACGCUUUCCCUGUUUUUGCCCACUAUUAUCAACAAUCUCGGCUAUUCAGCUGCUACCGCCCAGCUGUUGACCGUCCCGCCAUACGCCUUUGCUUUCAUCACAACAAUUGCUAUUGCCAUCCUCUCUGAGAAACUUGGUCAACGUGCCAUCUUCAUAGCUGGAUCAUCACUCUUCGCGGCGAUCGGAUACUGCAUCUUGCUCGGAAACACGCAUCCCACGGCACGACCAGGCGUCUCCUACGUAGGCAUGUUCUUCGCCGCCGGCGGUAUAUACCCAGCGGUUGCCCUAGUGCUGUCAUGGCCAGCCAUCAACGUGUCUGGGCAGACCAAGCGAGCCAUCGCCAACGCCAUGCAGAUCAGUAUAGGAAACUGUGGCGCUGUCAUUGGAACCCAGCUCUACCGAUCUACCGACGGUCCUCGCUUCGUCGUUGGCCACAGCGUCGCGCUUGCUUACCUCAUUGCGAACAUUGCCGUCGUUACUAUUCUAUUCUUCCGUCUGAAGAAGCAAAACAAGAACCGAGAUGCUAUUGCGCCAGAGAUCAAGGACGUUGGAGCUGUGCCUGACUGGAAGGGCGACUCCGACCCUCGAUGGAGAUUCGAGUAUUAA